AUCGUCGGUGGCGCGUGCGACUGUCGAUGUUUAUUAUUAUAAAGUAAAGCGCACCGCGCCGCGCGAGCCAGUAAUCAGUAUAGCGUCCGCUGCCCGAUCCGAUAGCUGGCAUGAUGUGCAUGGUUUCUCACAGCCGCCAACGACUAUACACGAACACGACAUCCGCCAAACGCUCCGCCGUCAAAGCAAAACGUCAACCGCCGCACGACGAAGAUCGCUCAACUGCCGGACGACUACUCCGCCGCCGCCGACUUUCGCUUAAAAAGUUUCGUUGUUCAACCGCAGCCGUGUACACGCGGAUACGACCACCAUGCCCCGUGGAAAGCGCAGGCCUAAUCAACACCACAAGUCGACAACGGAUGCACUAGCUGGAAAAGGACGUGAUUUAGACAUGUCUGAUGAUGAGUCAUAUAAUGAUAAUGCGAGUGUAAUCAGUAAUAUAUCUUGUAGCACAUCAAAUGAAGAACGUUCAUGUGUUGCUACUGAUGAAACUGAUGAUACUCAGAAUGAUGUAUUUGAAGAGAAACUAAGUGACGCAAUUGAUGGCUUAUCGCAGAAGUCUGCGCAAGGACGUACAUUAAGUUUUGAAGCUGUUUGUAAUAUAUUUUGCAAAAAAUAUAUACCUGAUUAUAUUUUAAAUAGGCGUAUGACAAUAACUGAUUCCAUUGAGCGUGCUCUUAAAAAAGGUGGUGAUAAUGAAAAAGCUGCAGCAGCUAAUUUAGCAAGUUUGUUAUGUAUACAAUUAGGUGCAAUGGACAUGGCAGAACAUUCUUGUCAAGAACUGUUACCUGUACUAAUGUUUGUUGUUAAUGAUGAAUCUGUUCCUUUAUUGGCCCGAGAAAAGUGCUGUUUGGCCAUAGCUUUACUGACUUUUAUUAGUUGUAAUGAAGAAAUUGAAGCAGCUAUGCAAUUAAUGCGGAACUUAUGGAGCCGUUUAUUACACUCAACGAUUAUUUCUCCACCGAUAGCAGCUCUAUAUUCCGCAGCAUUAUCGUCUUGGUCUCUGCUGCUGUCUACUGUAUCAAUUAGAAAUUCUACUAUUAUUCCUACUUUAGCAGAAUUGAGUACUCUCUUAGACUCGACACAUCUAGAAGUGAGAAUGGCUACUGGUGAAUUAAUAACAGUUUUAUUAGAAAUGGCUCGUGAAUGUGAAGACAUGGAUGAAUAUGAGCCAGAUGAAGAAUUUAUUAAUAAAUUACGUGAACUAGCAACAGAUUCGCAAAAGUAUAGAGCUAAAAAAGAUAGGAAAACACAAAGAUCAAACUUUAGACAAAUUCUUCAUUAUGUAGAAUUGGAUGAACCUCCAAAUAUUCAAAUACGUUUUGGCCAAGAAAUAUUAACAAUGAAUUCGUGGAUCAUAAAAAAGCAAUAUGAUGUUCUGUGUCAAGCAUUGGGAUCUGGAAUGAACAUGCAUAUGACAGAAAACGAUCUAGUUCGUGAUAUAUUGAGCCUUGGUCCUAAAUUAUGUCAAACAAAACUUUUAAGUAAUAAGCAGUCAAAGCUUGAAAGGCAACAAAUUAAUGCUGCCAACUUCAAGGUACGCACAAAAACUAGAGGAAAAGUACGAGAUAAAAGAAUAGCUUUUAUUGAUUAAUAAAUCAUAAACUAUUUUAGUAAAUUAUUAUAUUAUAAUUUAAAAUCACUUGAGCAUGUGAUAAAUACUGUUGUUAAUGUUUUAUUUUUUAUUUAAUCAUUACAGUUUUUCCGUGUGUAUUGUGAAA